AUGGCGGUUUGCAAAGCCAAGAAGCAGCGCGAGGAGAAGCGGCACAAGAGGCUUCUGGAGAGUUUGACGGAGCAGAUGCAGAAAGGAGACGUCAAGGUGAAUGUUGCGUCGCUGACUGCGAGAGAAGUGGAGAGCCUUGGGAGCCACCUCAGAAAGGGCGCCUCCGACAUACAUUCAUUGCAUCUGCUAUGUGAAGAGAGGCCGCUGCCGUGCCCAUGGAUGGGGGAGUGUGAGAUUUCGCCACAACAAAUCUCGGACCACGGAAAAUACGUCCAAGAUGUUUGCUUGCGGAAACUAAGCAGAAGGCAAUACCUGUGGCUGGAGUGA